ACCCCGCCUGGCUUCCUGGCGAAUGGCUUUCAUGAUGAUGAAGAAGAAGAAGUUCAAGUUUAAGGUGGACUUCGAGCUGGAGGAGCUCUCCUCGGUGCCCUUUGUCAACGGAAUCCUCUUCUGCAAGAUGCGGCUGCUGGACGGGGGCAGCUUCUGCGCUGAGUCUUCCAGGGAGGUGGUGCAAGCAAACUGUGUUCACUGGAGAAAGAAGUUCUCAUUUAUGUGCAAAAUGAGCGCAAGUGCUGCUACAGGCAUUCUGGAUCCUUGCAUCUACAGGGUCUCUGUGAGGAAGGAAUUAAAAGGUGGAAAGGCUUAUGCAAAGCUGGGCUUUGCAGAUCUAAACCUAGCAGAGUUUGCUGGAUCAGGAAAUACCACUCGUCGCUGUUUACUAGAAGGUUAUGAUACCAAAAAUACAAGACAAGAUAAUUCUAUUCUUAAAGUCUUGAUAAGCAUGCAGCUCAUGUCUGGUGAUCCUUGUUUUAAAACACCUCCAUCCACAUCUAUGUAUAUACCAAUUGCUGGUGAAUCUGAAUCUCUACAUGAGGAUCGGAAAGGUGGAGAGACUCUCAAAAUCCAUCUUGGGUUGUCAGAUCUUUCGGCAAAGAGUGCUUCAGUUCCAGAUGAACUUGGUGCCUGUGGACAUUCCAGAACAUCAAGCUAUGCAAGCCAGCAAUCAAAAGUGUCAGGUUAUAGUACAUGUCACUCCAGGUCAUCCAGUUUCUCUGACCUCUGCCAUAAGAGAAAUGCUUCAGUGGGAAGUACAUCAACAGGAAUUGAAAGUAUCCUGGAGCCGAGUGAUGAUGCUGAACCAAAAGGAGCUGAUCUUAAUCCUGAUGCACCUAUUAAACAAGAUGGGGAUGAAUCGUCAGAAAAACUCAACAGGCACCCUGUGAAGCAAGAUUCUGUGGAAUCUCAACUAAAACGUGUUGAUGCUACCAGAGUGGAUGCAGAUGAUAUUGUUGAAAAAAUAUUGCAAAGUCAAGACUUCAGCUUAGACUCCAGUGCAGAAGAAGAAGGACUAAGGCUGUUUGUGGGUCCAGGAGGGAGUACAUCUUUUGGCAGUCAUCACCUUCCAAAUAGAGUGGGAUCUGGUGCAUAUGAACAAGUCGUGAUCAAACGCUAACAUGGAGCUUUCCUGUGGAUUUCAGAGCUGAAAAUUAGAUUUUGGGGGGUCUCUUUUCCCAAACUCUUGUGAGAAAAUGUCCAGAAGAUGAAUUGGAUUCUUCUUUAAAAAGAAAACAAAUAUUGGUUUGUCUUGUUCAUCUCAAAGUGCCUCUUGUGCCAUGAAAGGACACUUCAGAAUGGUAGUACAAGGCACCAUUACGCACCAAGGGCCAUGUGUGGGCAAAAGUUGCAAAUGUACAUAUUAGUGAAAUACUUGCUUUUUAUCUAGAAAACAUCCUAUUGUGGGAAGGAGGAAAAGAAUGCUAUAUAUUUUAAGUGUCGUUUCUAUAUGUACAUUCACAAUCAGUGAUAAUUACUAUAUUUGGAAUUUGGCUUUAAGAAGUUCCUCUUUUUAACUGACAAACAUUUGUGAAUCCAAUUUAUAAAUUAUUCCUAUAUUAAUAGUUUUUUAAGGAACUCUUCCUAUAUACUACCUAUAAUAUCACUACCAAAUUGUCAUCAG